AUUCAGGCCAAAGAGUUCAAUCUUGGUUUCAUCAGACCAGAAAAUCUUGUGUCUCAUGGUCAGAGAGUCUUUUAGGUGCCUUUUGGCAAACUCCAAGUGGGCUGUCAUGUGCCUUUUACUGAGGAGUGGCUUCCGUCUGGCCACUCUACCAUAAAGGCCUAAUUGGUGGAGUGCUGCAGAGAUGGUUGUCCUUCUGAAAGGUUCUCCCAUCUCCACAGAGGAACUCUAGAGCUCUGUCAGAGUGGCCAUCGGGUUCCUGGUCCCCUCCCUGACCAAGGCCCUUCUCUCCCGAUUGCUCAGUUUGGCCGGGUGGCCAGCUCUAGGAAGAGUCUUGGUGGUUCCUGUCACGCCCUGACCUUAGAGUUCCUUUUAUUUCUCUAUUUGGUUAGGUCAGAGUGUGAUUAGGGUGGACAUUCUAGUUUUUUGUUUCUAUGUUGGCCUGGUAUGGUUCCCAAUCAGAGGCAGCUGUCUAUCGGUGUCUCUGAUUGUGGAUCAUAUUUAGACAGCCUUUUCCCACCUGUUUGUGGGAUCUUGUUUUUGUGUAGUGCCUGUGAGCACACCAUUACUUCACGUUUCGUUUGUUUCUGUAUUUGUUUUGGUGAGUUUCAUUUAUUAAAACAUGUGGAACUCUACGCACUCUGCGCCUUGGUCCAUUUCUAACAACGAUCGUGACAGUUCCAAACUUCUUCCAUUUAAGAAUGACGGAGGCCACUGUGUUCUUGGGGACCUUUAAUGCUGCAGACUUUUGUUGGUACACUUCCCCAGAUCUGUGCCUUGACACAAUCCUGUCUCGGAUAUCUACGGACAAUUCCUUAGACCUCAUGGCUUGGUUUUUGCUCUGACAUGCACUGUCAACUGUGGGAUCUUGUAUUGACAGGUGUGUGCCUUUCCAAAUCAUGUCCAACCAAUUGAAUUUACAACAGGUGGACUCCAAUCAAGUUGUAGAAACAUCUCAAGGAUGAUCAAUGGCAACAGGAUGCACCUGAGCUCAAUAAUUUCGAUUCUCAUAGCAAAGGGUCUGAAUACUUAUGUUAAAAAAAUAUUGUGGUUUCUAAUUUUUUAUAAAUUUGCAAAAAUGUAUAAAAACCUGUUUUCACUGUCAUUAUGGGGUAUUGUGUGUAGACUGGAGACAUUUAAAAAUAUAUAUUUUAGAAUGAGGCUGUAACGUAACAAACUGUGGAAAAAGUAAAGGCGUCUGAAUACUUUCCGAAUGCAUUGUAUCCAUUGAUGCAAAUACAUCCGCUGUCUGAUUCUCAGUUUGUUCACUAGAUAGCAGUAGGAGAUCACAUGAUGUCUCUUGGGAAGUUCUUACUUGCAGGUGUCUGAGAGGAUAGAACGGGGUCAGGUCAGUCGAUGUUGAGCAACUGGGAAAAGGCUGCAGACACAAUGGGGGAACCACAGGAACUUCUGUCAUGAGUGUGGGGAUGAACUGACUAACUAAGCUGGGGGACACAUCCUUCUGUUUUGAAUGUGUGGAAUGGAAGAGGAAAAAGAAGGUGUUGAAGAGGUUGAGUUUGAAUUUGAUGAAGAUGGGGAUAAAAAGAGAGAUGUGUCAAAGAAGACUGGUGGCAAGUAUAGAGUAAGAAGUACCCCAAACCUAGUCCUGGAAAUGAAUGAGGGCGAAUUAAUGGAGAUGGAAAGUGUGUCGAAGAGCUCUGAGUCUGAGCCUUGCAUUGAUGGACAUGAUAAAGAAGAAUCUGGUCCAAUAGGAGUCACAUUUUCUUUUUUUAUGGAUUCGUGCCUUUUGGCAGAUCAAUUUAUGAUUUCAGAAUGGGUGGGUAAGGAGUUGGGUGCAGCUGAAUCAGUGAGGGUAACUCGUAGUGGACUUGUGAUAUUUGUUUGUGUUUCUUCUGCCCAGAAGGAGCUGGCGCUCCAUGUCACCUAAAUUGGGUCAAGAUCUGUUUCUUGCUUUGCUUUUUAGGAACAGAGUGCCAGUGAAAAGAGUGAUCUCUGGGGUGGCGUUAAGUGCAGCGGUGGAGCAAUUGAAGUUGAAGAUUCCCUGUGUGUGUGACGCCCACCAUUUGGUGCGACGCAGACCUGGUGGUGAGCAUGGUGAAACAGAGGAGUCACUGUCAGGCCUUUUGAGUUUUGAGUCAGUCUUUCCCUGACAAAGUCAUGAUAGGAUAUAUCAGUUAUCCUGUUAGAGCUUUUGUGUCGAACCCACUGCAGUGUUUCAGGUGCCAUGUUUAUGUUCCUGUUGCAGUAGUGUGUAGGAGGGAGAUUACAAGAUGUGGGAAGUGUGCAGGAGGGCAUGGGACAGAGGAGUGUGUAGUGUAGUGGUCCCAGUAGCAGAGAAGUGCUUGGGUGUACAAAAUGUGACUUCAGAAGAGUUACAGGGUGUGUUGAGUGGUGGUGUUCUGUCCUCCCAGGCCGUAGGGUUAAAUAGUGGAAUGGGGUAGUGGGUUUUAAAUGAGUGUAUGGUUAGUCCCUUUUUCACAUUUUGUAUCAAAGUAUGAUGGAUAUAUACCCCAGUCUAGUUGGUGGCGGUAAUGCAAAAAAUAUUGGAUGCCAACCGCCAUUAAACCUCACCGAAGAAGACGUCUCUUGGCCACUUGAAACCGGUUGCAUCUGGUUUGGAUAGUGAGUCAAAACGGAUUUUCAAGCCUGGCAUCUUAAAUUGACCUUAGCAAUCAAGUUAUGGAGUACAAAAUAAAAGACAUAGACAGGUGAGGACACUUCAAACUCCCAUUCACUUUUCCUAUUGUAAAUGAUGAGCUAGAUCAACGGCACAUGUGGAGGAUGCAUACAAGGGAAUGUGGAUGGAGAAGGAAAUGCUUGAUUUACAAUAUACCUUUUCCAUGCAUGCUAAAUGUUUGCACUUACAUUGCAUACUCUAUGAAAAUGACCAUAGCAUAUGAUGUAUGGUCUUUAUGAGGGUGGGGGGGUACAUUUGUGCACAGACAAACAAGCUAACAAACACAUUGUUGGCACGCAACGAACUGAAUCUGAACUCUCCAUCUUUAUCAAUCAAACUUCCUGUUCAUACUGUUUAUUUAACCUGUGGGUAUCUGUUUCUUGUGUUUAUCUGUUAUGCGUUUCAGACACAUAGAGAGGGCAGCUACAGGCUAUUGAGAAUUCAAAGAGAAGGAUUGUAUGCAGCCACAUUGUUUGUGAGGCCCUGCUGAUACGGUUGAAAUGCAAGGUCAAGCACACUUUCUGCGGAUCAUUGUGAUGUGUUUCUAGGAGGAUGGCUAAAAACAGAGGUUAACAAAGGUGCACAUGGGUAACCGUGAGUAAGGUCAUACAAGGGCAAAUGGCACGCCAUUCCCUAUAUAGUGCACUACUUUUGACCAGAGCCCUAUGAGAAAUAGAGUGCCAUAUGGGACACAGUACACAGCCAAAGACUGCAGAGUCAUAAGAGGGGGAAUACACAGGGGAAGAGCUAAAAAGGAAUGAGGAAAUUAUUAUCUGAGGAGAAACAGCAUGCAUCCCAAAUGGCACACUUUUCCCUAUAUGGUGCACUACUUUUGACCAGAGUAGUGCACCAAAUAGGGAGCCAUUUGGGUCAAAGAAAAGUCUGUCUGAGAGAAGUGGUGCAAAGAGAUCCAUGUGUUUUCUGUUCCCAAGCAGCAGUGAGAGCACACCUAUUUGACAUCACAAAGGCAUAGGUGACAGAGACAGAGGCACAGACAUCAUUAUCCUCCAUGCCACAACAGGUGUAAGAGCAUGAACAUGCAUGAGAGAGGUGUAAGGGGAGAGACUCAAAGAGAGGGAAAGACUGAAGGUGAGACGAGGCUGAAAGCAUGACAACGCCUCCUAUACCCCCCAGGAAGUCAUUCUUGGUGAAGUCAUCCACGGUCAUCGGGUCCUAUGACCUCCCAUCCUUACAGGAGGAUUCAGACAACCAAGAGGGAAACGCAUCAACGACCUCCAAUCAGACUGGCUCCCUAACGGACUAUCAGAGCCCCGGUUUGAGCCCCCGUCCUGUUCGCCGCCCUCCAGUUCCUCCCAAGACCUAUGGCACUCUUCUGAGCCCCUCUCCAACUGCAAGCAGGGACUAUAACACUGUUGAUAGAUCUAAACUUGGAAUGACUGAGAAGGACUUAGACGUGUAUGGCAAAAAUAAGCCCUCCCCUCCUCCUCUCCCAUGGCCUGUGAGACCCCCUCGGUCCCCCAUGAUGUCCCGCUCCUCUUCAGAGUAUGAGAGGACUCUACCUGAAAUGCACCUAUUACAACCUCAGGAAUCCAUAGAACGAAAGCACAGUCAGUCCCCUCGCCCUGUUCGACCCUCAGCUCGACCCAAAUCUGAAACCAUGUCCUUGUAUGGGGGCUAUGACGUCAAUAGAUCCCAGAGUCCGAGGCCCUCAAACACAGACAAUAAGAGGUCGCCUCGCCCUUCACGGCCCCCACCCCGGCCAGGAGGGCCCCCCUCCCACACGCUGUCCCGUUCCCCCUCGGGGAUUGAAACAACGACCACACAACUCCAACCCCUGCUGCAGCCCACCAACACAAAAGGAGGAUCUCUGCCUGCUCGUCCUCAACUCCCGCCCCCACCCUCGUUCACCCCCCCACCACCACCUGUAAAUAAAUCAUCCCUGUCGUAUCGUCCUACCACCAUCUUCCACUCAGAGUCAGACUACAGCGAGGUCAGCGAGGUUCAGGACCAAUUAUCUUAUCUAGAAGUACUGCCUGAUGAGAACACAUUCCAGUUCAACCCAUCUAGCAGCGUCUACAAAACACAGGCAGCACCACAGUUCCAACCUGGUCAACGUUAUCAGAACUAUCAAUUCAAUAAGGAAGCAGAGCAGGAAUUUGAAAAUCUAAUGAGGUGGAUGAAGACAGUGGGAUGCUGGGAAAACAUGCCUCCUUCAUUUCAUGGCCUCAGUCUAGAGGAUGAAACCAGGGAGUUCAGCCAGAGGUGCCUCUAUGUGAAAAAUGGCCUCCGUCUGUUCAACUGCCUGCUAAUGAAGCAUAACGAUACCCUGCGAGGCCACAUCACAGAGCUCAACGACCUUGCCGAGAAGCUGGACAAAGUGCAGAAAACCAAAACCAUGAGCAUCGCAGGGGGCACCACGGGCGCAAUUGGAGGGGUGGUGGCCGUUGUGGGCAUUGUCCUCGCCCCCAUAACCAUGGGUGCCUCCCUCAUAGGCACGGCAAUUGGGGCGGGCAUGGUGGCUUCGGGUACUGGGAUGGGCAUCAAAGCGGCCAUGGACAACAACCAAAUCAACUCUGUGGACAGAAAGAGGCUGGAGGAGGUGGUGCAGAAGUACAAAGCUGAGAUAGCAGAUGUGGAGUUGUGUCUUUGCUUCAUCCACAGUGGGAUGGCGGAGCUGAGGCGGUAUAACUUCCACAGGCUCCAGCAUGCUGAUCCUGAGGCCCUGCGGAUAGCCAGGGUGGCGGAGGCAGUGCAUCCUGGGUGUAAUAAGUCCCAACAGUUGGGCAUGAAGUCUGAGAUGAUCCUGCAAGGAUUUGCCAGAGACAUGGACCUGCAUUAUACCGACAAGGAUGGCCAGAGGCUGAAAAAGGGCUCUGAGACUAAGUUUGCCACCAGGAUUCGUGGUGUGACCCAAGAUUUACAGGAGGAGCUCAAUGAACUGCACCAAGUGUGGCAGACUUUCUUUCUAGCAGACAGUAGAUUUUGAGGUGUGUGUGUUCUGUCGUUAAUGCAGUAAAGGUCUGGCAAUGUUUUGGACACAUGCAAGAUAUAGUUUUUUUUUGGGGGGGGGGGGG